UGAAUCAAUUAUGUUAAUUUAUAGGAUGUUAUCAGCGUUCUGUGGGCCAAAGCUUUUUGUUAAAUGUUUCUCAAGCAGUUGUUAGUAGAUGCGUUAAGGAGGUUGCAAAUAUAAUGAAUCGGUAUUUUGUAGUAAAGUACAUCAAAUUGCCCAGAACAAUUCAGGAAUUAUGCGCUAUAAAAGAGAAGUAUAUCUUCGAAAUCUUGUGUUAAAAUACAAUGUAGUUAAUCGACAAUUAUUUGCAGAUUUUAUGAAAAGUUUCGGUUUCCAGGGGUAAUUGGUGCAAUUGAUUGCACUCAUAUAAAAAUUAAAACCCCUAAUUUAGCUAUUGAGCAUGUGUAUGUCUGCAGAAAAGGAUGCUGUAUGGUCUCUCAUCAUCCUCCGAAUAUGACUCUAAUGCAUCUUGUUCGCGUUACCGCGGUAGUUUUGUUAAAGGGGGUAAGCUGCUGCAUUUAAGGUACCCCUACCGGUGUUCAGGAUGUGUAACCGGUGUUUCUUGUAAGUGUGUAUGCGAAGAAUGCGACGGUAUCGAUAUUCCAAAAUGUAGAUGCAUACCCUGUAAAAUCCAACGUAAAGAAGCCUUACGUAAAUUGAUUGGUCCCACAGAUGCUAGUGUAUCCGAGAUUGAAAAUGAUGGUGCUUCUGGUACUGUUAAUCCCACAAAACGACGUUUAUCUAGUACCAGUUUAAUGGGCGAUUAUGUGCUGGAGGAAGAGUAUUCAAUGGAGGAUGCCAAACGAGAUAUACUUGAGGAGACCCGUUCUUAUGUCCCGUAUCAUAAAUAUCCGCGUAUGGGGAUGUACUCAGAUUCCUCAGAUUAAAUUUAUUAUCUAUAUAAUGUUAUAUAUGUUAUGUAUACCUUGUAAUGCUCGCUUCGGCGGCACUGCACAUGAUGCAUCCAUAUGGAGAGCCAGCGCCUUACGAGUGCUUCUUACUCGAAAGUACGAAAAUGGGGACCGAAAUUUCCGGUUAAUAGGUAAAACUUGAUUGUACAUUAAUUUUUUUGAGAAACUGAUUCUGUUUUUGUUUUUAGGAGAUAGCGGUUAUCCCCUCUUACCCUUUUUGAUGACACCUGCUGUUCGAGGAAAUAAUUUGUCGACGGCACAUAACAAUUAUAAUGUGCAACAUCGAAAGGCGAGAAAUUGCAUUGAGCGUUCUUUCGGAUUAUUAAAAAGUAGAUUUCGUUGCCUUAGCAGCGAAAGAACUUUAAUGUAUGAUCCUGAAACAGCGGGCAAAAUUGUUAAUUCAUGUUUGGUUCUACAUAACUUCAUUAUUACACAUAAUGUAAUGAACGAAGUUAAUGAUGUUGAGUGCGUAGAAAACACGGACGAAGAAAUAAAUGAAGAUAAUGACUUUGAAGCACAAGAACCCGUCCCUGAAGCGUUUCUAGCAAGAGA